CAUUCUUCUGUUACCCUCUGUCAUUCCAUUUGGAAUUGCCUGGGCUCGGCUCCCUUUGUAAAUUUUCAUACCUUUGCAGAAAUUGGGAGUAGGAAGUGAUUUGGAAUCAAACACCUAAUGGAAAAUAUCCUGAAGGAGCUGUUACACCUGAAGGUUCUUUUGUUGCUGAUCGUUGUCUCUGCAAUGGGAGGAACACUUCAGCAUGGACUCAAUAUGGCUCUGAUUAAUGCACCGUCAGUUUACAUUAAGUAUUUUAUCAAUGAGACCUGGCUGGAGCGCUACGGUACAGCAAUGGAGGAACAUGCAAUGAAAGCGACCUGGUCAAUUAUUGUGUCGGUCUAUUCAAUUGGAGCUGUGUUUGGAUCACUAAUCGCUGGUCACCUCUCAGUGAAAUAUGGAAGAAGGAACUGUUUGACUUUCAACAAUAUUUUGACAAUAGCAGGGGCUUUGUCCGUGGGCUUCAGCCGGAUGGCAAGAUCCUUUGAGAUGAUUUUAGUGGCGAGGUUCAUGUAUGGAGUAACUGCAGGGAACGGUCUGAAUGUUCACUGCAUGUACCUUAUGGAAUGCUCUCCAAAGAAGUUGCGAGGGAUUGUGACCAUUACCACUGCAAUAUUUAUUUCCAUCGGUAAAUGUUUAGGACAGAUUAUUGGACUCAGAGAAAUUCUAGGCAGUGAAAGUGUAUGGCCUUUACUGAUGGCCUUCAAUGCCGUACCUGCUUUUAUACAGCUUGUUACUCUGCCCUGGUUUCCAGAGAGCCCCAGAUACCUUCUGAUUGACAAAGGAAAUAGGGCUUUGUCCAUGAAUGCACUCCAAAGACUAUGGGGCAAGCGCGAUUUUAGUCAAGAGCUUGAGGAAAUGCAGGCUGAACGGACUGCCAUAAGGAAUGAGCGCGCAAGAAGCGUGUGGGAGCUAUGCACAGAUCCCUCUAUACGGAGUCAACUCCUUAUCAAUAUGAUGAUGUCUUUUCUCAUACAACUCAGCGGCAUCAAUGCAAUCUAUUCUUAUGCUUUUGAGAUUUUCCAGGCUGCAGGAAUUCCUGAUGAGACAAUACCAUAUGUGUCCAUUGGAACAGGACUGAUUGAAAUGUUUACAUUACUGAUCUGUGCAUUCUUAGUUGAACGUGCUGGGAGAAAAACACUCUUCUGUGGAGGACUGGGGCUCAUGAGUCUGUGGACAGUGCUCCUAACAAUUACCUAUUCACUGCAGCACCUCGUGAGCUGGAUGCCAUAUUGCAGUUUGACCAUCAUCUUCGCUUACGUCUUCAGCUACGGAGUAGGCCCAGGUGGAGUGGCUAUAAUCUUACCCUCAGAAAUCUUCCUGCAGUCUGACCGCCCAGCUGGCUAUGUUAUCAAUGGCUUCCUCAACUGGUUUGGUCUCUUCCUGGUCACAAUCAUUUUCUCCUUCAUGGUGGAAGGUCUGGGCUACCUGUGCUUCCUGGUAUUCUGUGGAGUCUGCUUACUGCUUACCAUCAUGGGCUACUUCAUCCUGCUGGAGACAGGGGGCAAGACCCCACUGGAAAUCAGUGAGGAGUUCAAGAACAGGAAACUCUGGAAAAACACAACGCUCCGAGUUGCACCGAAUGGGACAAUCCCACAAAAUACAGUCGAGAUCAUCAUGUCAACUGCGUUCUGACCUGUGGGGAAAGGUCCUAGCAGAGAGGUUAUUGAACUGGGGCCGAUACGUUCUUCAUUAUAUUGUGUACUAAUUGUCCAGUUAUGAGCACAGGAGGCAUCCCAAUUGCAUUUAACAUUGUUGGAGCAAGCAUUCUGCUGUUGACUGGUAGGUCAGGCUGAGGAGAUACCUCCUUGAUCAACUGCAGGAAAUUUGCUCAUGCGCCAAUAUUUAAGGGUGGUUUAAAAUACAGUUACCACAGGUAUUUUUUUAAUUUAAAGCCGAGUUUCAUGAAAACUCAUUGAGUGUGCAAGAAAUCCAUGACAGUCGUGUCAACAUUGAGGUCUGUUACCAUGGCAACACUGAUUGUUUGCUGUCCUUUUGCCCUGUGUAUUGUGACUGAAUGUUACUGCCAGAUCUCCUCCUUAACUCUAGGACGGCCAUGUACAGAUAAAUGCCUCCCUCUUCAGAGCCCCUCUUCAAUUCCAAACUAAAUUGAAUACAAAUCAGGCAGGUAGAGCUCAUGCUGUUUAACCACUGCUGUUGCAACACUCUCCUUUCAAAGACAUAUUGCCUAACUUGGAUUUUGGAAGCCUCGAGGCAGAUUAUGUUGCGUUCCAAGAAUUUCCAGGUGCCUCUGUGCCAACCCUUUGCUUCCUCGCCUUCCCUCUGUCGUUAGAUCAGAGAUGGGAUUGUUAAAUGACAAUUGACAGACCUCCUGCUAAGCAAGUUUACAACAGCCAGGGUUAGACUGACAAUGUGCAGGAUGCACUACAGCAUUGCACUGAGCCUGCUUCAGUAGUGCUGGACUCUUUCCCUGUUCGCCUUUCUCUUAUUGCUUUAAACCCUACUGAGCAUACAAUUGUACUAUACAUUAUAACAUUGUAGUGUCAGGUCUUUCCUGAGACAGUAUAUUAUACAAUUCCUGUGCCUUACAGAGUUUCAAUUACGUUUCUUUGACCAAUUUUACCUUUGAACUCCACUGGCCCAGUAAAAUCCUGCCAUUUGCAGGGAUGUACUCACAGAGAAAGUGACAAUCAGUUGAUAUUCACAAACUGCUAACAUGGAAGACCACCCUGUUCCCUUGGAAGCAAGCCCUUUUUUCCCUUAUUUUUCCUUCUCGAAGACACAGAUGAGUGAAAGCUGGAUUCACAGUGGAUGAAAAGGUGCACAUUAAGUAUUGUGUGGCGAAGCAAAUUUGUGAAUGGUGGACACACCAUUCACACCAGGGACUUAACUCAAUGUCAUGAACAAAUCAAGAAUACACAGAAGGGACAUCAGGAUAAUACCAAAAAGCCAAAGAAAACAUACUUAACUCUCAAUUAUCUUCAUUUGUCAUCCAAAUUCUUCCUGUUCCUUUAAAUACAAGUGACCAAGCGAAUUCAUAUCACUGCCAUUGCUAUAUCUGUAAGUAUACAUUUGCUUUAGGCCCACUCAUGCAAUACAUUCCAGCAAGCUCAGAGGAAAGUUUUAGCUUGUCAUGUACUGAUCUGACAGACUGUUGAAGUCAUUUCUUUUCCCUACAUGAGUACACUUUCCAAAGUGCAACCUCCAUAAUGUAGAAGGACAGCAGACAAUGACCACCUGCAAGUUACGCACUGCAUUGCUCUCCCUUCGCUGUCACUGAGUCAAAGCCCAGCAGCUCCAUUACUAAUAGGACCCAUCGAUGGUUCAAAAGGAUGGCUUCCUACCAUGUUCUCAGUGCGUUUAGGAAUGAACAAAACAAUGUUGGCCUUGCCAGUGAUCCUCACAUUCCCAAAUUGGACUGAAAUUGACAUUCGUACCAAGAUCAAUGAGCAUCGUAAACAAGCACAAAUUCAAGUUUGUUGCUAUCACUGAUAUAUCCCAACAUCAAUAUCUCAGCCAGUGCUAAUGGUCAGAAACACAAGCGGGAACUAGCCACAUCAGCACGAUGGUUACAGAGUUAAAGAAGUCACCUCCUGACUCCCUAAAGCCUGUCCACCACCUACAACACACAAGUCAGGAGUGUGAUGGAAUACUCCCCACUUGCCUGGAUAAGUGCAGCUGCAAUAACAUUUAAGAAGCUUGACACCAUCCAAGACAAAGCUGCCCUCAAUUGGCACCACGUCCACUCCCAUCACCGCCGACGCUCAGUAACAGCAGUGUGUACUAUCUACACAAAGCACUGCAGAAAUUCACCAAAGAUCCUCAGACAACACCUUCCAAACCCAUGACCACUUCCAUCUAGAAGGACAAGGGCAGCAGAUACAUGGGAACAUGCUCCCCUCUACGAAUUCCCCUCCAAGCACCUCAUCAUCCUGACUUGGAAAUAUCUGGCUGUUCCUUCACCGUCGCUGGGUCAAAAUCCUGGAAUUCCCUCCUUAGUGGCACUGUGGGUCUACCCACAGCAUAUGGGCUGCAGCAGUUCAAGAAGGCAGCUCACCCCCACCUUCUUAGGGCCAAGGAGGGACAGGCAAUAAAUUCUGAGCCAGUCGGUGAUGCCAACAUCCCGUGAAUGAAACGAAAAAAAAAAUGUCAGCAGUGAAUGGCUGCAAUUCUGAUCGCUCCAUCAUCUAUAAGGCCUGAGUCAGAAAGGCAAUAGAAUGCUCAUCAUUCAUCCUGGUGGCUUUUACCUGAAAGAUACAUGGAGAGUGACGCCAUCCAGAACAGCAGAUAUUACUGCACUAGUGAUCCAGAGGUUAUAGGCUGCCAGGUAAGGCCAACAUCUGUCACCCAUCUCUAAUUGUUCUUGAAUUGAAUGAAGUGCUUGGCCAUUUCAGAGUUUCAUAGUCACCGCUGCAGAGGAUUAUUUUCAGGUCCCGAUCUUUAUUAACAAAUUGAAUUUAAACUUUCCGAGCUGCCGUGAUGGGAUUAAACCCAUGACCUGAGGGCGUUAGUCUGGAUUUUUGGAAUACUGGUCUGGUGACAAUGCCACAUUCCCCCCUCUGAUACAGGAACAUGGAAGCAGGAGCAGGAUUAAGCCACACGGUUCCUUCAAACAGAUCCACCAUUAAACGAGAUCAUGAUUGAUCCUCAACCAGGGCUCCUUUUCUUUUCAUCGGUCCCUGAAUUUUGUUACAGUCCAAAAAAUCUCGUAAAUCUCAGCCUUGAGCAUACUCGGUAACUGGGCGCCUGCAUCUGAGAAUCUCCAAAAAUCGCAAACAUCUGAGUUAUGUAUCUCACCUCAGUCCAAAACCACUAACUCCUUAAACUGAGAUGAUGCCUACCUCUUCUGGAAUCACCAGCCAAGGAAGUAACCUCGCGUUUAUGCGUUUAUUUUGCAAGUCAUCUUAUAGUUUGAAAUGUUUCAAUGAAAUUACUUUUUGUUCUUCUAAAGAAUAUAGAUGUAUUCUACUCAAUGGCUCUCAUAGCAUGGACUAUUUAUUAAUGAACUCAAUCUAGCAAAUCUUCACUGCACCCUGUUUAACACAAAUAAACCUUUCCAAUAACAAAGAACAAAGAAAAUUGCAGCACAGGAACAGGCCCUUUGGCCCUCCAAGCCUGCGCCGAUCGAGAUCCUCUGUCUCAGCCUAUCAUCUAUUUUCUAAGGGUCUGUAUCCCUUUGCUCCCUGCCCAUCCAUGUACCUGUCCAGGUACAUCUUAAAAGACACUAAUGUGUCUGCGUCUACCACCUCCACUGGCAACGCAUUCCAGGCACCCACCACCCUCUGUGUAAAGAACUUUCCACGCAUAUCUCCCUUAAACUUUCCUCCUCUCACUUUGAACUCAUGACCCCAAGUAAUUGAGUCCCCCGCUCUGGGUAAAAGCUUCUUGCUAUCCACCCUGUCUAUACCCCUCAUGAUUUUGUAGACCUCAAUCAGGUGCCCCCCUCAAUCUCUGUCUUUCCUUAGGUAUAGAAACCAAAGCAGUGUACAGGAUUCUAGACAUGGCCUCACUAAUGCCUUCCUCACUUUUAUACUCCCCACCCCUUAGCAAUAAAGCCCAGUUGUACAAUUUUUCUUCCUAAUUGCUGGCCUUGUGUGUUUGUAUUUUGUGAACAGGGACAUCCAAAUCCUUCUCAGCAACCACAUUUGACAGUUCCUCAUCAAUUAGAAAAACAAGCCCUUUCUGGACUCCUCCAAGCUCACAUUUCCCCAACUGUACUCCAUCCGCCAUUGUCUUCCCAGUCAAACCAUCACUUCACAUUGGGCAGAGGCUUGGGCUCAAUGCUCCCCACCCGCGAUGGUGGACCGCCUACAGGGUGUCUGGGAGAAUGAGGGGGGAGCUGUACCGGGACAGCUCUCGGGGUGUGACCUUGCUCCCAGGCUGGUGUGGGCUGAGAUAUCCGCCUCCUGUAUGAGGCCUCAAUCAGGGACAGGUUUGCAGCCUCUUUGCCAAUGGCAGGGUGGUCCCGACCAUAUGCUUAGGAUGCCAGGUCAAUAGAGAUGGGAGGCUGCAUGACCCAAUAGUUGGGUCUGGGCGGGAAUAACCACACCCACCGCCGAAACGAUUCCACUGCUCCCACUCUGCACCACAGGGCCUCCUGGCAUCAGCUCUAGCAGUGGCAUCACAUUGAGUUUCUGACUCUUCUGUGGUUUCUGACAUGCCACAACAAUGCACCUAUCCUGGCAAGGCUUCAAAGAUGCCAGCCCUCAGAUUGUGUUGACACCACUGGGAGCUGGCCUGACUGUCCGAGACUGCAGAGGUGACCUUCCAGAGGUUUGCUUCACCAGCAAUGGAGCUCACCAGCAUCAGGACCAUACGGCCCACAGGAAGAUCCAGUCCUUUGUUCCCCCCGCCAUACCUUCCCCUGCCACUUCACUUCCUAUCAUGAAUAAACUUCAAUCAUUUCACAAGCAAAAUCGAUGGGCACUUGAGGGAAGUAAACAUGCAGGGAUGCAGGGAUAGGUCAUGGGAGAAGGACUGACUGGUUCUGCAGAGAGCUGGCAUGGACUUGAUGGACAGGAUGGCCUUUUUCAGUGGAGUAAUGACUAUCUCUGUCUCUCUCUUUCUCUGUCUGAGGCACAGUCCCCUUAUUGAAGUCUAAUUUAUAGCAAUGGUUCUUUGCACAGCACUUUAUCAGAUCAGCUUUGAAUAUCUAAAAACCUACACCCAGUGUAUCCCACUUCUCGACCCUGCUAGUUAUGUCCUCACAAAACCUGAACAUAUUUGUAAAAUAUGAAGUCACGUCCAUAAAAUCCGGUUGAUUCUGCUUAAUCGAGUCAUAAUUUUCCAAGUCUGCUAUUAUCACUUUCUUAAUAAUAAAUUUUCUUGAUAACUGAAAGCGUGUUAUCUGGUCCCGCAUUUCCUCCCUUGUUCAACAGUGAUGUGAGCUUUUAUCGCCUGGGACUUGUUACACACACAUUGCGACUUACAGCUAAGGAUAACAACUCAGUCAUCAUGCAAACAACCAAAACCCUGUGAAAAACAUCCUGCUUUACUCCCGUCUGCUCCUGUCCAGGGCCAGGGUGCUCAUUCUUGCUACCAUCAGUGCCACUAGGAAUGUGGGAGAAAUACUGUCAGUGUGCUGCUUAUUACAUCCGAAUGAGUAAAAGAACUAUUUGG